AUGGGUCUCAACGCCACGUCUAUGCAGGCUGUUACUUGGGGUGGAUAUCCUCUUCAGGUCAACGUAUCGACGUUACCAAUUCCACAAAUACUCGACCCAACGGACGUCAUUGUUAAAGUUAGCUUGUCAGCUAUAUCCGGUGCAGACAUUCACACCUAUAAUGGCGCAUACGAGGAGAAAGAGGUACCGUGGGUGAUGGGCCACGAAGCACUCGGGAUCAUUGUCGAGGUCGGGAACUCGGUGACUUCAUUCUCAGUCGGCGACAAAGUCGUGGUUCCAGAUCAAGCUUCUAACGGGCUUGAAGAUCUUUCUACAGCCGAAUUGAUGGGGCUUGGGCUGGGUUUGGAUUCUUAUUUGACGACGGGGUGUCAAGCGGAAUACGUACGAGUACCAUUCGCAAAUGACAACCUCUUUCCAAUCCCGCAAGCUACCGAUGAAGCCCCCUCAAAAUCAACUCUCGCAAACCCCGACCUUGAUUACCUCCUCGCAUCAAGUAUCUUCGCUACAGGAUGGGGUGCCCUCGAUUUGGCCGGGUAUCAACCAGGAGACUCGGUCGCAGUAUUUGGUGCUGGUCCCAUAGGGCUGAUGGCUGUUUACUCGGCCAUGCUGCGCGGUGCUUCCCGCGUGUUUCUCGUGGACGGUGAUCGCCGGCGACUAUCAGUUGCCGAGGGCCUUGGUGCUAUGCCAAUUGAUCUUACCCACUCAGACCCAAUCACGAAAAUCUUGCGUCAAGAAUCAGACGGAGUCCUCCGGAGUGUUGACUGUGUUGGAACCGAGGCCGCCCAUCAGCUUCAACUGAGAGAUGACAAAGUGCUAGAGAAUAUGACAGCCAUCACGAAGAUUGGCGGUGGAAUUGGCCGAGUGGGCACGUUCAAAGCUACGGGUGAUGCGUUGAGUACCUCCCCAUGGCACUUCCUGUUCCCAACAUUCCAAUCUGGUGCCAUCGAUUCGACCUUGGUUGCACCUCAGUUGAUUGAAAUGAUCUCACAAGGCAAGGCCAAGCCUAGCUUCAUUGUGAGCAGUAUCAUCAGUGUGGACGAGGCGCCGCAAUUCUACGAGAGAGCUAGUCAGCAUCUGGAGACCAAAGUCGUGAUUAAAUUUUCUUCGGCUUAA